AUGAUUUUGAAAAAUUUGGAAGAAUUUGAAAAAACCAUUUUCUCAGAAAAUGAUGUGAUUUUGAAAACUGUAAAGCAAAAUAAUAAUAUAAUUUCAAAGGAAUUGUUUGAUGAAAACCAAAUCAUAGAACAAGGUCUAAUACAUAAAUUAUGUUUAUCCAUAUCACCUAAAGAGAU